CGGCGACGCGGUUGCUGUAGUUUCGCGGAUACCCGCCCUCCUCAGGUCCUUUCUGACCACCCCACCCUGUCUGCCUGCCCAUCCGCUCCGCCACCCCGAAACCUCCAAGGGCUUGUUCUUCGCCUCCUGCCCUUUCCCAGCUGCGGGCCGGACCGGGCCGAGCCGGGCCACGCGGGCGCGGUCCCUGACCAUGGCGUCCCUCUUCAAGAAGAAAACCGUGGAUGAUGUAAUAAAGGAGCAGAAUCGAGAGUUACGAGGUACACAGAGAGCUAUAAUCAGAGAUCGAGCAGCUUUAGAGAAACAAGAAAAACAGCUGGAAUUAGAAAUUAAGAAGAUGGCCAAGAUUGGUAAUAAAGAAGCUUGCAGGGUUUUAGCCAAACAGCUUGUUCAUCUGCGGAAACAGAAAACAAGAACUUUUGCUGUAAGUUCGAAAGUCACUUCUAUGUCCACACAAACAAAGGUGAUGAAUUCCCAGAUGAAGAUGGCUGGAGCAAUGUCUACUACGGCAAAGACAAUGCAGGCAGUUAACAAGAAGAUGGAUCCACAAAAGACAUUGCAAACAAUGCAGAAUUUCCAGAAGGAAAACAUGAAAAUGGAAAUGACUGAAGAAAUGAUCAAUGAUACACUUGAUGACAUCUUUGAAGGCUCUGAUGAUGAAGAAGAGAGCCAGGAUAUUGUGAAUCAAGUUCUUGAUGAAAUUGGAAUUGAAAUCUCUGGAAAGAUGGCCAAAGCUCCGUCGGCUGCCCGAAGUUUACCAUCUGCCUCUACUUCAAAGGCAACAAUCUCCGAUGAAGAGAUUGAAAGACAACUCAAAGCUUUAGGAGUAGAUUAGGCAACAAAGUCAUAAUAUUUUUGCUUAUUUAAUAUUGUUUAGUAUAAGCCAGGCACAGUGCAGAUUCUUUUUACAAAACAAGUUUAUUUCGCAAAAAUGAAGACCAUGAGUGAACAGUUGUUUCCUAACCCAUGGCUAUUCUGAGUCUUUUGCCAAAGAAUGACAAUGAUACAAAAGUGGGAACAGUUUGGAUUUUAAUUACAAGUAUUUAGGAGUGAUGAUGUGUAAAAAGUUGACUUCUUUUCUGCAUGGCAUAGGGAAAUUUUAUUCAUUACUUAGUGUCAGUUUAUGUUCUAAAUCUUUUUACAUUGGAUGUAAAAAUCCCGUUAAUUGCCAGUAGGCACCAACUUAAAAAGACUUGUCAAAAUAUUAAAAGUAUAUCAUUAAUUCUGUAUCUGUUGCUUGUCCUUUGUAAGCGAUUAUGUGUUAUGACCAUAGGCGGUUCAGCUGUCAAAUUAUUUUUAAAUGAUCUAAAAGUAAAGUGCUAUUUAAACAUCUGUCAAAAAAGAGAACUGUCAUGGUCUUUUUUUAUUUUUAUUUUUUCCUUUGGGAGAACAUUCUACUUGGUAAGUUUAUUACCUUUUAAAAUGUGCUUGGCACUUGCCUUAAACAACUCAAACAGAUUGUGCACAUCUUUAAAUUAUUUUAACUGGCAGAAAAGAAUUACAUUUAAAACUAAAAUGGAGGCCGCUUACAAAAACUAAGGCUCUCUUUUGUAAAGUUGAUAAAAGUAAAUUAGAUGCAAUUAGCAAAAAACAAAAAACCAAAUUAAUAACAUUUUAUAAGUAGUAAAACAGCAUAUUUUGGUCAUUCUUCCAAGAAUUAAAGAGGUUUUCUUCAUGUAAAUGAUAAUUUAAUCACUGUUUAAUUUUGAACUAUAUUACAUUGAACCCUGUAUAAUAUUGAAUGUCUAUAUGAACCCUCUAAAUGGAAGUCAUCGCCUUCAAUUAAGGACUACCACUAUAACAAUACUUAAAUUUUUAAAAUAAAAAUGAACAUUUUUUUUCUUGGUAAAUAAACUACAACUUUGUCAAAAAUUACUGCCUAUAUGUGUAUUAAUGUAUUAGUAGUAUUUUUUAAGGUAAAGACGCAUUGGUGUGAAAUGUACAUACAGAGAGAGAAAGGUAUGAAGGAAAAUGGAAGCUAAGUUAGAAGCAGAAUUUAAAAUUAAGGUGGUUUUGAAAAACGACUUUGUAAUAUGUGAGUUCCAGCACAUCCCACCAUAAAACCUCAGAGGAACUCAGACGGAAGCUGAUUAAUUUGGGGUGAUAGACAUUUUGGACUGAUGUUGAUAAACAGUAAGUACACGUUUAGGAGAAGGAUACAUGUCCUGUAAGGAUUGGUGAGAGGAGUGCAAAGCUAAGCUGUAUAAUUUAUCACCCAUAAACCAUUCUGUACUGUUCAAAGAUUAGGCUUCCUUGUAGAUAGUAUUGAAUCCACAGUUUCCCUGUGUCAAAAAAUUUUACUGUGUUAUGGAAUAUUAACCCAGUACAUUUUUUGAUUCUAAGAUUUAUAUAAUGACGCCAGCCAACAUUAUUUUCUUUCUUGUUUACGUGCGGGGGCUUUUGUUUUUACAAA